AGUGUUUGAAAGUGAAUCUAUUUUCAGUUUGAAUCAGUUGCUGGUUAAUUGUGAUACUAAUCAAUUUCACUCAAGUUCCAACAAAUUAUUUCCAAUCCAAUACUUAAUUAUGAGUAUCAAUUGUAUGAGAUAAUCUUAUAAAUGACAAAGUGUAAAAAAAACCAACAUUUAGUUUGUCAAUUUGUUCACUUAAUUGUUGUAACCCUUAACAUUUCAAGUUCUCAAUGGCCAUGGACGAUCAGGGCAAUCAAGCAAAAGUUAACUCACAAUUUAAAGUUCAAUUUAAUUUCUAGUGAAAUUAUCUAACAUUCACAAUCAGAAUUUUACUUUAAAUCGUCAAUUUUUACGUUAAUUUGUUACCAUUGAUGAUUAUUUCUCAACAAUAUAAUCAUCAUCGUCAUCGUCAUCACCAUCUCUUAAUUUAAGUUAAUCUAAAAAUAGCUUUAACAUUAUCCACUGACCUCGACAAUUAACCAAGAAAAUAAACUAAUUAACUUUCCUAAUGUUUUACAAUAAACAAACAAAUCAAGGUGAACAUGUUAUUCAUUGAAAAGGAGGAUUCAAUAAACAACAACAACAACAACAAUUAAGUUUUGUUCAUUACUACAAAGUCACCUUUACACACCAAUGGUUACAUUAUUUUCAUUCAAUAAUCAACAUUGGUGAAAAAAGUUUUCUCUAAACGAUUAACCAACAGUAACUGUCAAUAAUUAACUUAAUUGUUACAUUACUAUUAUCGUCUUUGCAAGUUAAUCUCAUCAACUGAUUUACCUUAAUAACUUUCGUUAAAAUGUUACCUGAUUUGGCCAUUUAUGGUCAAAGUGUUUCCCUAAGUUUAGGUAGUUAUCUUGACCCAACUCCAAUAUUGACCAAUUUACACUUGACCAUCCCAAAGGGUUGUAUUUACGGUCUAAUUGGCCCCUCUGGAUGUGGUAAAACAACAUUACAAAAAUGUAUCAUGGGUGUUUAUAAGCCCGAUCAUGGUGUUAUCUCAGUCUUUGGUUUACCACCGGGCUCACAAGGAUCAACUGUUCCUGGUCCAUCAGUGGGUUACAUGCCUCAGGACAUUGCUUUAGAUAGUGAGUUAACUGUUCGUGAGCAAUUAACUUUCCUUGGAAGAAUCAAUAAUCUACCAAAUGAUUUGAUUAAUUCUCGAAUUGAUGAGAUUACGACUACAUUUGAGAUUGGAGAUCUUGAUAAAAGAUCAGGUGAGUUCAGUGGUGGUCAACAACGACGAAUAUCUUUGGCCUGUACAUUGAUCCAUCAGCCGUCACUUUAUCUUUUGGAUGAACCAACGGUUGGAUCGGAUAUCGUGUUGGUUCAUAAGAUUUGGAACUAUUUGAAACACUUAAGGGACACGACGGGAGCGACGAUCAUUAUAUCAACUCAUUACAUUGAAGAAGUAAAUUCAGCUGAUCUGUUUGGGUUCAUGUCGAAAGGAACGAUAAUAAUUCAAGAUUCGCCGAGUAAUUUUGUCCAAAUUUCUCAAACUCGAAGCCUCGAAGAGGCCAUUCUCAAAGAGUACGUUCGAAUAUAUUCUAAACGUCCAAAUGGAAGACCAAGUUUCUUUCCCGAACAGUAUAUUGAAGAGGUUCCAGCUCGUCGAAGAUCAAUUCGAGCAUCAAUUGAUAGUCUUCGUAAGCGAUUAUCUUUCUUCUGGACUCCGAAAAAAAUAAAAGAAAAGGACAUGAUUGAAUCAAACAUGGAAUCUCAAUAUAAAUCACAACCUAAAUCAUUCUUCAAUUAUCCGAUCAUCUUAUUAAUUUAUCGAUAUCUUCUUCGCUGGAGGAUUUCAAUGGUCAUUCCGUUUAUCGUUUUCACCACCAUGACCUUUACAAGUUCCUUAAUGAUGUUCCAAGUCUAUGGAUUACCAAUGAAACAAUUAUCUAUCGGUGUAGUUAAUUAUGGUAACCAUUCACACUAUUUAAAUAACAUUACCAAUUAUUUGGGUUCUGAUGAUUUUAAUUUACUCUUAAUGCCUGAUGAGAUCGUCGCUCGUCAAGCAACGGAAAAUGGUACAACAACGGCCUACAUUGUAGUUCCUGAUAAUUGGGAUGAUUAUUUGGACCAAAGAGUGACCAGUUUAUUUUCAACCGAUCCCAACGAAUCGCUAAUCAAGUUAAGUCAAGUUAAAUUGUUCCAAGAUACAACUCACGCUGGUAAAGUUCUAACAAUUCAAAGUCGACUUUUCCAAGCAGUUGAUUCAUUGAUGAAAAAUAUAACUCGAAAUUCGGGACUGAAUUCAAAAUAUAACGAAUUUUUCGAGUCUCACCCUGUGUUCAAAUCUCUCGAUGAAUCUGAUCGACUUGCACCCAAGUACAAUUUCAUCAUUCGAUUAUAUGUUUUCUUCAUGGAAUCGUUCACAAUGUUACUAUUAACGGCCUGGUUUCUUCGAGAGUCAAAUGAAACUGUCAACGAACGUUUAAUAUCAUUAGGACUGAAACGCUAUCAACUCUUGGCCUCACUGAUGAUCGUCGCCACCGUUUUUCUAACGAUAGCGUUCGUAGGAAUGUUCCUAUCAUUUUCGAUUAUAUUGAAACUUCCAUAUCCAAGUUCGUGGCCUGCAGUCACCUUUUUAACGGCUUCCAUAAUAAUCUGCGGUAUUUGUAAGGCUCGUUUACUUGGGUCCAACGUAAAGUCGGACAUUGGCUGUAUGACCUUAAUCAUAUUUUACAACGCGCUCUUAUGGCUACUCGGAUGUGUCGCAUGGCCUUACGAAGGACUCGAUUACUUUAUGCAACCAUUGACGAUGAUGGUGCCACAUUUAGAACCAAGUACUUCGCUGAUUCGAAUGACGGUUUAUGGGGACUCCGUUUUCACGCCUCAAGUAUAUCACGGAAUCGGAGUUGGGGCCGUUUGGGCAGUGAUUCAUUUAAUUGUUACUUUUGUUCUUGCUCGAAAAUGGUAAUUUAUUUAUGAUCGAAAUUCAUUUUAAUUUAAUUGACCGUCAUCACCAUCAUGUAAAUACAAUUCAUCUCUUAGUUUAAUCAACAAUUUAAUUUAUAUCUUCUUGAUAUGGUGACUAAAUUUUUUGAUUGAUUCCAAUUUGUUAAUUAUAUUGUUAUCUAUCAAAUAAAAUUAUUGGUAAAUUGUCAUUAUAAUAA